UUGAGUACAUGAUUUUAGCCACCAUCAUAGCAAACUGCAUUGUCCUGGCCCUGGAGCAGCAUCUGCCAGAUGACGACAAGACCCCGAUGUCUGAGCGGCUGGAUGACACAGAACCCUACUUCAUUGGCAUUUUUUGUUUCGAGGCUGGAAUUAAAAUUAUCGCCCUGGGGUUUGCCUUCCACAAAGGGUCCUACCUAAGGAACGGUUGGAACGUGAUGGACUUUGUGGUGGUGCUAACUGGCAUCUUGGCGACAGUUGGGACAGAGUUUGACCUUCGGACACUGAGAGCAGUGCGGGUGCUGCGGCCGCUCAAGCUGGUGUCUGGAAUCCCAAGUUUACAAGUCGUCUUGAAGUCAAUCAUGAAGGCGAUGAUUCCCCUGCUGCAGAUCGGACUCCUCCUAUUUUUUGCAAUACUUAUUUUUGCAAUCAUAGGGUUAGAAUUUUAUAUGGGAAAAUUUCAUACCACCUGCUUCGAAGAGGGGACAGACGACAUUCAGGGGGAGUCUCCGGCUCCAUGCGGGACAGAGGAACCCGCCCGCACCUGCCCCAAUGGGACCAGAUGCCAGCCCUACUGGGAAGGACCCAACAAUGGGAUCACCCAGUUCGACAACAUCCUGUUCGCCGUACUGACUGUUUUUCAGUGCAUCACCAUGGAAGGAUGGACGGACCUCCUUUACAACAGCAACGAUGCCUCAGGGAACACUUGGAACUGGUUGUACUUCAUCCCCCUCAUCAUCAUCGGCUCCUUUUUUAUGCUGAACCUCGUGCUGGGUGUGCUGUCAGGGGAGUUUGCCAAAGAAAGGGAGCGGGUGGAGAACCGGCGCGCUUUCCUGAAGCUGCGGCGGCAGCAGCAGAUUGAACGCGAGCUCAACGGGUACAUGGAGUGGAUCUCAAAAGCAGAAGAGGUGAUCCUCGCGGAGGACGAGACCGACGUGGAGCAGAGACAUCCCUUUGAUGGAGCUCUGCGGAGAGCCACUAUCAAGAAGAGCAAGACAGACCUGCUCCACCCGGAGGAGGCGGAGGAUCAGCUGGCCGACAUCGCCUCCGUGGGGUCUCCCUUUGCCCGAGCCAGCAUUAAAAGUGCCAAGCUGGAGAACUCAAGUUUUUUCCACAAAAAAGAGAGGAGAAUGCGUUUCUACAUCCGUCGCAUGGUCAAAACUCAGGCCUUCUACUGGACUGUGCUCAGUCUGGUAGCCCUCAACACGCUGUGCGUGGCUAUCGUCCAUUACAACCAGCCCGAGUGGCUCUCCGACUUCCUGUACUAUGCAGAAUUCAUUUUCUUAGGACUCUUUAUGUCCGAAAUGUUUAUAAAAAUGUACGGGCUUGGGACGCGGCCUUACUUCCACUCCUCUUUCAACUGCUUUGACUGUGGGGUCAUCAUCGGCAGUAUCUUCGAAGUCAUCUGGGCUGUCAUAAAACCCGGCACGUCCUUUGGGAUCAGCGUGUUACGAGCCCUCAGGUUACUGCGUAUUUUCAAAGUCACAAAGUACUGGGCGUCUCUCCGAAACCUGGUCGUGUCACUUCUCAACUCCAUGAAAUCCAUCAUCAGCCUGCUGUUCCUCCUCUUCCUGUUUAUCGUUGUCUUUGCACUUCUGGGGAUGCAGCUCUUCGGUGGCCAGUUUAAUUUCGACGAAGGAACUCCCCCCACCAACUUCGACACCUUUCCGGCAGCAAUAAUGACCGUGUUUCAGAUCCUGACCGGAGAGGACUGGAACGAGGUCAUGUACGACGGCAUCAAGUCGCAGGGCGGCGUGCAGGGCGGCAUGGUGUUCUCCAUCUACUUCAUCGUCCUCACGCUCUUUGGGAACUACACCCUCCUGAAUGUGUUCUUGGCCAUCGCCGUGGACAACCUGGCCAAUGCCCAGGAGCUCACCAAGGAUGAGCAAGAGGAAGAGGAGGCUGUCAGUCAAAAGCUUGCCAUGCAGAAGGCCAAGGAGGUGGCGGAAGUGAGUCCCCUGUCUGCAGCCAACAUGUCCAUAGCCAUGAAGGAACAACAGAAGAACCAGAAGCCGGCCAAGUCGGUGUGGGAGCAGCGGACCAGCGAGAUGCGGAAGCAGAACCUGCUGGCCAGCCGCGAGGCCCUGUACAGCGAGAUGGACCCGGAGGAGCGCUGGAAGGCGUCGUACGCGCGCCACCUGCGGCCGGACAUGAAAACCCACCUGGACCGGCCGCUGGUCGUGGACCCGCAGGAGAACCGCAACAACAACACCAACAAGAGCCGCGUGGCCGAGCCCACGGUGGACCAGCGCCUCGGGCAGCAGCGGGCCGAGGACUUCCUCCGGAAGCAGGCCCGCCACCACGAUCGCGCCCGGGACCCCAGCGCCCACGCCGCCGGCCUGGACGCGCGCAGGCCCUGGGCGGGCAGCCAGGAGGCCGAGCUGAGCCGGGAGGGGCCGUACGGCCGCGAGUCGGACCACCAGGCCCGAGAGGGCGGCCUGGAGCCUCCGGGCUUCUGGGAGGGCGAGGCGGAGCGGGGCAAGGCUGGGGACCCGCACCGCAGGCACGCACACCGACAAGGCGGCUGCGGGGGUAGCCGCAGUGGCUCGCCUCGCACCGGCACGGCCGACGGGGAACCCCGCAGGCACCGGGUCCAUCGCAGGCCCGGAGAGGACGGACCAGAGGACAAGGCCGAAAGGAGGGGCCGGCAUCGUGAGGGCAGCCGGCCAGCCCGGGGCGGCGAGGGAGAGGCCGAGGGGCCGGACGGCGGCGGCGGUGGAGGUGGCGAACGCAGGAGGCGGCACCGGCAUGGGCCCCCGCCCGCCUACGACCCCGACGCGCGGAGGGACGACAGGGAACGCAGGCACCGGAGGAGGAAAGACACCCAGGGCUCCGGGGUCCCCGUGUCCGGCCCCAACCUCUCCACCACCCGGCCGAUCCAGCAGGAUCUGAGCCGCCAGGAGCCCCCGCUGGCUGAGGACAUGGACAACCUGAAGAACAGCCGGCUAGCCACCGCCGAGCCGGUCAGUCCCCACGAGAGCCUCAGCCAUGCCGGCCUGCCCCAGAGCCCAGCCAAGAUGGGGAGCAGCACCGACCCCGCCGGCCCCACGCCAGCCACGGCCGCCAACCCCCAGAACAGCACCGCCAGCCGCCGCACACCCAACAACCCGGGGAACCCGUCCAACCCCGGCCCCCCCAAGACCCCCGAGAACAGCCUUAUCGUCACCAACCCCAGCACCGCCCAAACCAACUCAGCCAAGACUGCCAGGAAACCUGACCACACCACGGUGGAGAUCCCACCAGCCUGCCCACCGCCCCUCAACCACACCGUGGUCCAAGUGAACAAAAAUGCCAACCCGGACCCACCACCAAAGAAGGAAGAGGAGAAGAAGGAGGAGGUGGACGAGGACCCUGGGGAAGACGGCCCCAAGCCCAUGCCUCCCUACAGUUCCAUGUUUAUCCUGUCCACCACCAACCCCCUUCGCCGCCUGUGCCAUUACAUCCUGAACCUGCGCUACUUCGAGAUGUGCAUCCUCAUGGUCAUCGCCAUGAGCAGCAUCGCCCUGGCCGCCGAGGACCCGGUGCAGCCCAACGCGCCGCGCAACAACGUGCUGCGAUAUUUUGACUACGUUUUCACCGGCGUCUUCACCUUUGAGAUGGUGAUCAAGAUGAUCGACUUAGGGCUUGUCCUGCAUCAAGGUGCCUACUUCCGGGACCUCUGGAACAUUCUUGACUUCAUAGUGGUCAGUGGGGCCCUGGUGGCCUUUGCUUUCACCGGCAAUAGCAAAGGGAAGGAUAUAAACACGAUCAAAUCCCUCCGAGUGCUCCGGGUGCUACGACCUCUCAAAACCAUCAAGCGGUUGCCAAAGCUCAAGGCCGUGUUCGACUGCGUGGUGAACUCACUCAAAAACGUCUUCAACAUCCUCAUUGUGUACAUGCUGUUCAUGUUCAUCUUUGCCGUGGUGGCUGUACAAUUGUUCAAGGGCAAGUUUUUUCACUGCACCGAUGAGUCCAAGGAAUUUGAGAAAGAUUGUCGCGGCAAGUACCUCCUGUACGAGAAAAACGAGGUGAAAGCCCGCGAUCGCGAGUGGAAGAAGUACGAGUUCCACUAUGACAACGUGCUGUGGGCCCUGCUCACCCUCUUCACCGUGUCCACGGGAGAAGGCUGGCCACAGGUCCUCAAGCACUCGGUGGAUGCCACCUUUGAAAACCAGGGCCCCAGCCCCGGCUACCGCAUGGAGAUGUCCAUCUUCUACGUGGUCUACUUCGUCGUCUUCCCUUUCUUCUUCGUCAAUAUCUUCGUGGCCUUGAUCAUCAUCACCUUCCAGGAGCAGGGGGACAAGAUGAUGGAGGAGUACAGCUUGGAGAAAAACGAGAGGGCCUGCAUCGACUUCGCCAUCAGUGCCAAGCCGCUGACCAGGCACAUGCCCCAGAACAAGCAGAGCUUCCAGUACCGCAUGUGGCAGUUCGUGGUGUCCCCGCCCUUCGAGUACACCAUCAUGGCCAUGAUCGCCCUCAACACCAUCGUGCUGAUGAUGAAGUUCUACGGGGCCUCGGUGGCCUACGACAACGCCCUGAAGGUAUUCAACAUCGUCUUCACCUCGCUCUUCUCCCUGGAGUGCCUGCUAAAGGUCCUGGCUUUUGGGAUUCUGAAUUAUUUCCGCGAUGCCUGGAAUAUCUUCGACUUUGUGACCGUCCUCGGCAGCAUCACUGACAUCCUUGUGACGGAGUUUGGGAACAACUUCAUCAACCUGAGCUUCCUGCGCCUCUUCCGCGCCGCGCGGCUCAUCAAGCUGCUGCGGCAAGGCUACACCAUCCGCAUCCUGCUCUGGACCUUCGUGCAGUCCUUCAAGGCGCUGCCCUACGUCUGCCUGCUGAUCGCCAUGCUCUUCUUCAUCUACGCCAUCAUCGGGAUGCAGGUGUUUGGCAACAUCGGCAUCGACAUGGAGGACGAGGACAGCGACGAGGACGAGUUCCAGAUCACCGAGCACAAUAACUUCCGGACCUUCUUCCAGGCCCUCAUGCUGCUCUUCCGGAGCGCCACCGGAGAAGCCUGGCACAACAUCAUGCUGUCCUGCCUCAGCGGGAAGCCCUGCGACAAGAACUCGGGCAUCCUGACGCCCGAGUGCGGCAACGAAUUUGCCUAUUUUUACUUCGUGUCCUUCAUCUUCCUCUGCUCCUUCCUGAUGUUGAACCUCUUUGUGGCCGUCAUCAUGGACAACUUCGAGUACCUCACGCGCGACUCCUCCAUCCUGGGCCCCCACCACCUGGAUGAAUACGUGCGGGUCUGGGCCGAGUACGACCCUGCUGCUUGGGGACGCAUGCUUUACCGGGACAUGUAUGCGAUGCUGAGACACAUGCCCCCACCCCUGGGUCUGGGGAAGAACUGCCCGGCCAGAGUGGCCUACAAGAGGCUCCUGCGGAUGGAUCUGCCCGUGGCCGACGACAACACUGUGCACUUCAACUCCACGCUCAUGGCUUUGAUCCGUACGGCGCUGGACAUCAAGAUCGCCAAGGGCGGAGCAGAUAAACAGCAGAUGGACGCUGAGCUGCGGAAAGAGAUGAUGGCCAUUUGGCCCAACCUGUCCCAGAAGACACUGGACCUGCUGGUCACACCCCACAAGUCCACGGACCUGACAGUGGGCAAGAUCUAUGCUGCCAUGAUGAUCAUGGAGUACUACCGGCAGAGCAAAGCCAAAAAGCUGCAGGCCAUGCGUGAGGAGCAGAACCGGACACCGCUCAUGUUCCAGCGCAUGGAGCCGCCGCCGGACGAGGGGGGCGCCGGCCAGAACGCCCUGCCCUCCACGCAGCUGGACCCGGCAGGAGGCCUGAUGGCUCACGAAGACGGCCUCAAAGACAGCCCAUCCUGGGUGACCCAGCGCGCUCAGGAGAUGUUCCAGAAGACGGGCACGUGGAGCCCUGAGCGCGCGCCCCCCGCCGACAUGGCCGACAGCCAGCCCAAGCCUCAGUCCGUGGAGAUGCGAGAAAUGAGCCAGGACGGCUACUCGGACAGCGAGCACUGCCUCCCCAUGGAAGGCCAGGCCCGCGCCGCCUCCAUGCCCCGCCUCCCCGCCGAGAACCAGAGGAGAAGGGGCCGGCCACGUGGGAGUGAUCUCAGUACCAUCUGUGACACCAGCCCCAUGAAGCGCUCGGCCUCCGUGCUGGGCCCCAAGGCGUCCCGGCGCCUGGACGACUACUCCCUGGAGCGCGUCCCACCCGAGGAGAACCAGCGACACCACCCGCGGCGUCGCGAGCGCGCGCAUCGCACCUCCGAGCGCUCCCUGGGCCGCUACACCGACGUGGACACAGGCUUGGGCACGGACCUCAGCAUGACCACCCAGUCCGGGGACCUGCCGUCCAGAGAGCGAGAGCAGGAGCGCGGCCGGCCCAAGGACCGGAAGCACCGGCCGCAUCACCACCACCACCACCACCACCACCCCGGCCCGGCGGCCGCCGACAAGGAGCGCUACGGCCCGCAGGACCGGCCCGACCACGGCCACGGCCGCGCCCGCGCCCGGGACCAGCGCUGGUCCCGCUCGCCCAGCGAGGGCCGGGAGCACACCACGCACCGGCAGGGCAGUAGUUCAGUAAGUGGAAGCCCCGUCCCUUCUACAUCCGGUACCAGCACUCCGCAGCGGGGACGCCGCCAGCUCCCCCAGACCCCCUGCACCCCCCGGCCACUCGUGUCCUACUCCCCCGUGGUCCGCAAGGUCGGAGGCGUGGGUCCCCCACAGCAGCAGCAGGCGGUGGCCAGGCCGGGCCGGGCGGCCCCCGGCGGCCCUCGGAGGUACCCGGGCCCCGCGGCUGAGCCCCCGCCCGCGGGGGGCCACGGCGCCGGCCGCUCGCCGGCCUUGGAGCGGCGGGGCCCGGGCGCGGCCCGGGACGAGUCUCCCCGGGCGUGUCGGCACGGCGGCGGCGGGGGCCGGUGGCCCGCGUCCGGCCCGCACGCGCAUCCACACGCGCACGCGCACGCGCACCCGCACCCGCACGGCUACUACCGGAGCUCCGACUACGACGAGCCCGAAGGCCCCGGCAGCGGCAGCGGCGGCGGCCUCGGCGACGACGAGGAGGUGGCGGCCGGGCCCUACGCCGCGCCCCCGGGCCCCGCGAGCCGCUCGCCCAGGACUCCCCGGGCCGCGGGCCCAGCGUGUGCCUCGCCCGCGCGGCACGGCCGGCGGGUCCCCAACGGCUACUACCCGGUCCACGGACUGGCCAGGCCCCGCGGGCCCGGCUCCCGCAAAAGCCUGCACGAAGUGUACAGCGAGAGCGACGAGGAUUGGUGCUAA